CCUUCUGCCUCUCCUCUGUCUGCAUAGCCGCAGCUCUCUGACAGAUUAACUCCUACUCCCACAUUUCCUCCUCUCUAUGCCUCUCUCCCCUCUCACUCUCUAUUAUCCCUAAAUACCUCCUUACAAAUCUCUCCACCUUUUCCUGGUUUGUCACUCCUCUUUACAAAACCCGUCAACAUCGGAUUUCUAUUAUCAUCGAUGCAAAUCUCCCCUCCACUUUUUCACUCCCACUGGUUUGUCUCAUCAAUGUUUCUCCCCGAAAACAAAUAUCCAAAAUGCGUUCAUACUUCAGCAGUAUUAUAUGUAGAGGUAUCAUGCAUCUCUCUUCUUCUACCUGUUCAUUCCUUCACAUUUAGCAUUCUGGCAGUUCAAAAUUUGGAAGAUGGCUGAGAUAGAAGAGAUAGAAAACGGAGCUCCUCGUCCCAAUAUUAUUCUGGAUGUUGAUGAAAUACAUUCUGAAUCUCUUAAUGAAGUUCAAAUCAAUUUGUUACAUAAAAAAGUUGAACUCUCUAACUUGAAGCAAAAGCAAGCUGGAGUGGUUAAUGAAGCAGAAUCUACAAUGGCAAGUCUUACCAGCAGUAUGAACUUCUUUGCUUUUAGUAAUUCAUUCCUGGCUAUGGUGGUCAAAUCCACUGUUUCUUGCAUUUCUUUGACGUCUGCUCUCAUAGUUGCUGGGUUCCUCUUGUGUACACUUGUAUACCCUGUUUGUCUUGCCUUCAUCCGCAUGAAGGCUGUGUUUCUAGACUUCACUGAAUUGACAAGGGAGCAAAGUAAUCUGAUUAAUUUUCUUGGAAAGCCUCCAACCGUUGCAGACUUGAUGGAUGUAUCUAGUUCUCCAAUUACCUCAUCAUCUGUGUCGGAGAGUUACAUGAAUGAGGUUGCCCGUAUGAUUAAGCGAGUCAAAUCAAUGAAUGGGUCUUUGUAUGGGAAUGUUUACUAUGGAUGUCUUUGUUCUGUUUCUGUCUCCCUGAUGGUAUAUGUUGGAACAAUGUUCUGGAUUGCUAAUUGGGAAACAUGUGAGACAUCUACAGCUCCUGCAUCAUCUCCUGGAUUGGAUAAAAUCAAGUCUCUUCUGCUACCGUUACUGAUGGAGGGAUUGGCAUAGAAGAUACAAAGAGGAAGUUGACAACUCUGGAUUACUUUUUUAUCUUUAAAAUUUUCUCGCUAUAUUUUAGGGUUUUGAGACUAGUAUUUUGGGAUACUCAUGAUGAAGGUGUCGUCUUUUGGGGUCUUUGAUAUGAAUGCUUAUUAUGUAUUUAGAGUUUUAAGACUAUACUCAUCAUGAAGGAGGUGUCUUUUGGGGUUUUUGAUAUGAAUGCUUAAUAUGUAUUUAGAGUUUUAAGACUAGUAUUUUGGGAUACUCAGUGUGGCUGAGGGAGUUGUCUUUUGGGGUUUUUGAUGUGAAUGUUUAAUACUUCGUAUUUAUCUGACAUGAAUGUUAUGCUUAA